UGCCGAAGCGCCCAUCAGUCGGCUACCGAAGCGUUCGAAGCAGGAUUCCAGUGAGGAGCCAUCAUGGCGGACGUGGUCGAGCAGCUCCGGGCGGAUGGGAUCCAGAAGCGGUUGGUGCAGGAAGGCCGGGGGCCUCUCCCCGACUACGAGGACGGCACCAAGGCUACCUUCCACUACCGCACACUGCUCUGCAGUCCAGACCAAAAAGUAUUGGAUGACAGUCGUACACAGGGUAAACCCAUGGAGCUCAUUAUUGGCAAGAAGUUCAAGCUGCCUGUCUGGGAGACCAUCCUCCAGACUAUGCGGGAGGGAGAGAUGGCUGAGUUCUUGUGUGACACCAAGCAUGUGGUCUUGUACCCAAUGGUGUCAAAGAGCUUGAGGAAUAUUGCAGCUGGAAAAGAUCCACUGGAGGGGCAACGGCACUGCUGUGGUAUUGCUCAAAUGCAUGAGCAUCAUUCCUUGGGUUACCCAGAUCUUGAUGAGCUCCAACAAAACCCCCAGCCCCUCAUCUUUGCCAUUGAGAUGCUCAAGGUGGAAAGCCCAGGCUCAUACCGGCAGGACCCUUGGGCCAUGUCAGAUGAGGAGAAGAUGAAGGCUGUUCCUCUGAUCCACCAGGAAGGCAAUGAACUCUACAAGGAAGGCAAAGUGCAGGAGGCAGCUGCCAAAUACUAUGAUGCCAUCGCUUGCCUUAAGAACCUGCAAAUGAAGGAGCAGCCAGGGUCCCCUGACUGGAUUCAACUGGACCAACAGAUCACCCCCUUGCUGUUGAAUUACUGCCAGUGUAAACUGCUGAAUCAUGAAUACUAUGAAGUUCUGGAUCACUGUUCUUCCAUUCUCAACAAGUAUGAAGAUAACGUCAAGGCCUAUUUCAAGAGAGCCAAGGCACAUGCAGCUGUCUGGAAUGCAACGGAAGCUCAGGCUGACUUUGCAAAGGUGUUGCAGCUGGAUCCAUCCUUGGGCCCAGUGGUUGCUCGGGAACUGCGCAACCUGGAGACCCGCUUACGUGAGAAAGACAAUGAGGAUAAAAUCCGUUUCAAAGGCAUUUUCUCCCAGUAGCUGCUGUGCCAACUGUUGCUGCCACCCCUGCCCUCACUCGGGACUGCUCAAGCUUUGCCUGUAGUGCUCCUAGGGAAGGCAGCAUGAAUGGGACUGUGUGCGUUUCUGUUGGGGUUAGCCUACCCUCCACACAGUGCUUGCAGCAAGGGAAUUGGCCUUUCUUGUCAAGUGUGUGUCAUCUCUAUAUGAAUACCACCAUCUGCUACUGCCAAAGCAAGUGGGACAGAGAAAGAGAGCCCUUCUGAUUCACCAGGCCAGAGAUAGUAUGUAAAGCUUGCCAAGGGGGUAGCUAUCAGAUUUAACAUGAAGCCUCCCUGUUGUCCCUAGAAUUUAUUCUUUCUUCCAUUUGUUGCAUAUGGUGCCUUUUCCUUUCCUGCUCAUGGUGGGGGAAGAUUUGUUUCCUGAGCUGGCUCAGUGUCUUAAGGGCUGCCUGUAGAUGGUGGCUGUGGCUUUGAGGAAGGUUAUGGGCCAGGGCUUCCCUUCCAUUCUGCAGUUUGGGAUCAGGUGGAUCCUGAUGUUUGCAGCAGUAUUUUCUGUGUCUAAGAUGCCAGAGAAGAGAGAGGGGAAUAAUCUUCUUUGCAUGAUGAGAGCUGCAUGGGCAUCUUUGUCCCUUUCUACUGCGGUGUGCAGUAGCUGUGUGCAGUAGCACAUUGCCUCUGACCUCUGGAGUCUAAGUCGGCAUGGUGAUCACUAGAUAAUGAUGUCUUUUGCUGGUUCCUUGCUUCUACUUGGGUUUAUGGGAUUAUGCACUUGACUCCACAUCGUAGUGUCUGUGUUCAGUAUAAGUUUAUUAUUAUUUUUAUUUAUUAUUUGCAAAAGGUAAAACACAAUUACAUCACAUUCUACUUUAAAAACGCAAGCUAAAAUACAAAUUUACAAAACUGAGGCCUCAUUCAAAACUCCAGACCAAAAUCUCCUGUGGUGCUCUGGUGGAACAUGAGCAUGAGAGUUGGACUUUGUAUAUUCUAUAAGAGGCAACCAAUUUUCCUUGAAUUGGUUACAGUUCUUUGCCAUAGAGGUUCUCCUGACAUCAUCUGUAAACUUCUCCAUUAACCAUCCUUCCCAGAACUUUGUCCACCAUUGAUCCUUCCCCUUUUGCCUUCCCAUUGCCACUGGCCACAAAUUGUUCUCCAAAUCGUGCUUCUGGGAAGACAGGCUUAGAUCCCCUGUUGUGUGUCUCCAGUAUAAACAUGAUGCUUGGGUGCAUGGGAGUAACUUGUUUCAAGAUUUUAGCUUGCUUAAGACCUGAACCUAAUCCUUUUAUAUUAAAUGAAACUAUUCUGGCACUAUCCAUUAUAGUUUUAUAACAGAAAAAAAGGAAAUUCUUCCUUAGGAACCUCUGUGGGGUCUAGUAGAGGUUAUGCUAGCAGUCUCGUAGAUCCCUGUAGGUGCCAAAUUUCCCAUAAAUUCACAGCCCCUACGCUUUAAAAAUAUAGACGUAUAACAUAUAGUCGGAAAUGAAUUUUAAAACAUUAAUUUAAAAGUAUGAGCAAAUAGUCAUGACCUCCUCUAAAAGUAGGGGAGGAGAAAUAACCAACAUCAAGGAGAAUAAUUAGCAUUCUUCUUAUAACAGCUUAUUUUCUAAUAUGGAACCUAGUUCUCCCCUUCUGUUUCCCUAGUCAUACAAACUGGCUUCUCAACAGAUUGUCCAGUUGAUUGUCUGAAUGAUGGUGAAACUCUGAGAGCUACCGUGCCUUCUUUUUUUCUUAGGAGAACACUCAGAAAUUAUAUGUGUUGGUAAAACUUCUGAGGAGUGACUGGCAGGUAAUAGGGGAUUGAUUGCUGCUGUGGCUACAGUUGCUGAUUGUAGCUCUGAUUUAACUACUUCUAAUUUACUCAAGAUAACUUGUUGUUCCUCAGGCGAAAGGGUGAUGAACAACUGCACCAAUUCUUCCUCUUCCUCUAUAAAGUCAACCAGUUUCUGUGUCUUCCUAAUAAAUGGGUCAAUUAUGUUAUCUUUCUGGCUUACUUCUUUUUCUAUCUCUGAGUUGUUUUGAACAGCUUGCAGUGGAGAGAGUUGCUGUUUGAGGUUGUGUUCCUUAAGAGUUGUAGUUGCCUCUCUCAGGCUUGGUUCUCUUUUCAAAAUUUAUCAAUGGGUUGUAUUUUAUUGUUGCAAAACAUGCAUAAAGGUGUGAUGGAAAAUCUUCUCAACCAUCUCCUUUUAAAAAAAAAUCAGUUUAGGAAAGGUAGUGUGUCUGAAUGUUAGUAUUACUUUAACACAGCCAAGCUGACUGGGUAACCAGAAAAUUUCUGUUAACUCAUUAGUAUAAAACUUGCAUUGAAGAAGUUGAGAGUGAGAGUGGAGAAGUUCCAGCUUAUUGUGCCACCUCCCUUCAUUGAAGAGGUUAAUUGCAAUUGUAGCAAAAUCCUACUUCAUUGUAGUGUCAGUUUCUCUUUAUUGGUUUCUCUACAGACAUUGGCUUGUGCUGUAUGUAAACACUGAGAGCAGUCUGAGCAGUCAAGUAGGAUUAAUUACUGAUUGCUCAGGGGGUUUUGUUGCAGACUCUCCCAAUAUAUCUUUCAAUUCGUCCACUUUUCUAUUAAUACCCAGUAGGUGCUUAAAGACUACAAUGACUGUCUUAGCUGUCAAUAAACAGUUUUUAGCAACCAA